GUUCUGGUCACUGCUACACUGUAUCCCCACAGUAGAGCCAAAGUGCAACGCAAUCCGUAUGUGAGUUGAUCUUGUCUUAGAGAUCAACACCCCAUUCGAUUUUCGAUUCCACAUAUCUCUGUUUCCCCGCAUGUGAUGUCAGAGGGCCAAGCUCGGUCCAACAACACCCAUGGCGGAACAACAACCUCAAAGCGCGACGUCGAAGGAGAAUGAGUGGAUGCAAGAUGGAACCGACGUCCAAGACGAUGGCCGCAUUGAGAUUGACCUGGACUCCAAAGUCGGCCGCGAGAUCUCAAAAUUGAUUCCAUUUCUGGAGUCCGAGAAAGAUGUGGAGCAACCACAAGUGCUUGUCGGCCCUGGUGGAUGUAAUCUGCAUCUCAACAUCGUCAUUCAAGUUGUUGGGAGCCGCGGCGAUGUGCAGCCUUUCAUCGCACUAGGCAACGAGCUCCAACAACAUGGGCAUCGUGUACGAAUAGCCACUCAUAACGUCUUUGAGAAGUUUGUGUGCGACUCGGGUUUGGAGUUCUAUCCUAUAGGCGGAGAUCCCUCGGAGCUGAUGGCGUACAUGGUCAAGAACCCGGGCUUGAUACCCCAGAUGAACUCCUUACGGGCUGGCGACAUCCAGCGCAAGCGGGUUAUGGUGGCUGAAAUGCUCCAGGGGUGCUGGGAGUCCUGUAUAGAGGAUGACCCAGUGGCCAAAACACCCUUUGUGGCUGAUGCGAUUAUCGCGAACCCCCCGAGCUUUGCUCACAUCCAUUGUGCUCAAGCGCUGGGGAUUCCUUUACACAUGAUGUUUACAAUGCCAUGGACCAGUACGCGAUCAUUUCCACAUCCUUUGGCCAACUUGAAAUACUCAACCACGGAGCCGAAAAUGGCCAAUUAUUUGUCUUACGGCAUUGUCGAAUGGCUGACAUGGCAAGGGUAA